AUGCAACAAAUCAAGAAGUUCUAUGCCGAGGCCGAAGCUGAAGCCCAGGCCGAAGCUGAAGCCGAACCUGAGAUCAACCCUGACCCACUUGAGGAUAUCGACAUGGCUGAGCCGGAACUGGUGUCCUUCUUGGAAAGGAGCGACCAAAAGCCUAUGCUGGUGUUUUUGCCUGGCAUGAACAACAUCGACCAAAUAAUGCGGACCAAUAUCGGCACCCUUCACAUUGAGCGACCCGUCAUCACCCGAUUCUUGGAACGGGCCCUGGCACAUGGAGGACCGAGUCCAAGAACUCAUGGACAACUGUGUGGACAAGGUGUUUGA